AUGGCCCCAGUUCCCCACUGCGAGAUCAUUUGCAGCUUUCUGUCUUGCCUUAGCGUCUUCUGUACCGAAAGACCGACCGACCGACCGACGGCCCCGGGGUUGAACACGCGAUGGGAUGGAUUGGAAUGGGAUGGGACGGGAGACAUGUGCAGCUGUACGAAGUGUGUGUGUUGGUACUCCAACGUGUCCAUCAUGUCAAUCAUGUCCAUCGCUUCUGUCUUAUUGUCGUCACGUCGUCACACUCGGCUAGCUCACCUGCCACCAGGCCGCUACCUCAUGGCCGACUUCCUAAACCCUGCUCGUGCACAACUUGCUUAUGCCUAG